UAUCAUAGCAGGAGAUGAGAUAACUGGAGAGUAGUAUGUAUGUUUCAACCAACACAACAAUUUUUUCUAUAGUUCAUUAUCUAGAACUAUUACAUGUCCCGCCUAGCUGGAAUGGGGCAUACACAUGUAGAAAAGUAGGUGGAUUGUUUGUGUACCACUAUUUUUGUGACCUAUCUAUGGAAAAUAUUAUAAAUAAUAAAUAUUAAUAUUUAACCUAUUGAACACCUGAUAUGUGGUAGAAAGUGUAUUGUGUUCUAUAAAUAUGUCAUGUGAUUAUCUUUUUGAAAAUCUUUCGUGAAUGACAAGAUAAUAUUUUCUUCUUCCUUACAGAAGGAAGCUGAAAUUGGAAAGGCUACAUUUCUUACUCAAAUUUGAGGUGAAGCAACCAUGGUGCACAGAACAAAUGUUUAACCAUGACACUCGCUUGUACUAAGAGAGAUGUGAUAAGUCUGCUUGGGAGUGUACUGUGGGCUCAGAAGCAACAGUGCAAACGAUGAAUCUGUGCAAAAGGAUGAAUCUGUCUCCUUUGUUGGAAAAGAAAAGCAUCCCCAGGCCAGAACUGUAGUGAUAAGGUAGACCAUGAAACCUGUUGACCAGUACCUGAGAGCAAGCUUCUCCAAACAUAUUAAUGCAAUAUUCCAUGGCUGAUUUUCUGAUUACAGACAAACUGUUCUGUAUUGACUGUUUCUGCUCUUCUAGCUGUAAGUUCUGGAGGUCGGAGGUCCAAAAUCAGCUUCACUAGGAUGAAAUCAAGGUACCUCUCAGGAUAAUUCCCAAAUGACUUUGAUGGAUAAUGUUUCAGAAGUGACAGAAUUCGUUCUCGUGGGGUUAACAGAUGUCCUAGAACUUCAGAUCCCUUUAUUUAUCAUCUUUACUCUCAUUUAUCUCAUCACUCUGGUUGGGAACUUUGGGAUGAUCAUGUUGAUUCUGUUGGACUCCCGGCUCCACACUCCCAUGUACUUUUUCCUCGGCAACCUCUCUAUGGUGGACUGUGUUUAUACCUCGGCUGUCACUCCCAAGGUAAUGCUGAAGUUUCUCACGGGAAAUAAGAUCAUAUCCUAUAAUGCAUGUGCCACCCAGAUGUUCUUCUUUGCAGCCUUUGCCACUAUUGAAAGUUUCCUCCUGGCCUCAAUGGCUUUUGACCGUCAUGCCGCGGUGUGUAAGCCCCUGCAUUAUACCACAACCAUGACAAAUACUAUGUGUGUCCUGCUAGUCACUGGCUCCUACAUCUGUGGACUCUUUCAAUCCUCCAUUCAUGUUACUUUUACUUUCCAUCUCUCCUUCUGUCAUUCUAAUGUGGUUAAUCACUUUUUCUGUGACAUUCCACCACUCUUAGCUCUUUCUUGCUCUGAUAUUUACACAAAUGAGAUUGUGCUCUUCGUAUUGGCAGCAUUUAACAUCUUUUUCACUCUCUUGAUCAUCUUGAACUCUUAUGUUUUUAUUUUUAUUGCUAUCCUAAGGAUGCAUUCAGUUGAGGGACAAAAGAAGGCCUUCUCCACCUGUGCCUAUCACCUCACUACUGUUUCCAUCUUCUAUGGAACAAUCACCUUUAUGUACUUACAGCCAAGAUCUAGUCAUUCCAUGGACACAGACAAAAUCUCAUCUGUGUUCUACACCAUGGUCAUCCCCAUGCUUAACCCUCUAGUCUAUUGUCUGAGGAACAAGGAAGUCAAGAGUGCAUUCAGGGUGGUUAUUGGAAAAGCAAAGUCUUCAUUGGGCUUAAGCCAUUAAUUAUAAAUUGUUUGCAAACCAUGUUGAAAUUUCACUGGAUCGCCAGUGUCUAAUAGUUUAUUUUCAUUAUUUCUUGUCUUUAAUUUUUCUGAGCACUUCCUUCACACAUGAGAUCUGUUCUAUUCAAAUUUUGGGAAUAUGAUUAGGUUAGAGAAAAUUUGGAUGUCUUUUACCAGAAAUAAAAUGCCACUUCUAUUUUAAUAUCAAAAUUAUAAUCCUAGAUAGUAUAGAAUUUAACACUACAUCACACUAUCAGUGUAAAGUGCUUUGCAGGUAAACCUCAUAGGUGUAUAAUACCAGAAUGGUAUUCUCAAUUCCUAGAAUUCAAAACAACCCCAUGAUUCUUGUACACAGCAAGGAGUCAUUGUUCUUAGAAACUAGUGCAGCUGUGAAUCACCCUGAGAGAUUAUCAAAAGACAGAAUCCUAGGAUCUAACCCAGAUAAUCUCAUUUAGGACAUCUGUGGUGAAUCCAGAAGUUCAUAGUAGUAUCUUCCACUAUCCACGUCUAUCUGGAUCCUGAGCUUAAAAAUUGCAAGAGUUCCAGUGGUGAAUUUGGAUAAUUAGGAAUACGGUAUAAUCUAAAUGUAUUUAGUUCCUGAAUUUCAAAGAUCAAAAACAGAGUUCA